GGAAAGGUAACACCCACUGUGUUUACCUGCAGGAGGAAGCCAAAGACGGAAACUACCAGAAAGAAGGGAGAGGAAGAAACAAAAACAAACAGCCACAAGAACAGAAGAGAAGAGUUGCUGUUGUUGUUAAGUGUGAUCCAGCUGUUGCUUUGUUUAAAGAGGACUUUAUAGAAAAGUUGGAGACUUUAAGAGAAACUUUGGAGCUUGUUUAACUAACUUUUUGGCAUUACAAAGGUGUGAGUAACAGGAGUGGGACGUCAGAGUGGGGGGAGGAGCUGCAGGACUCUCCAUGUAUGGACUCUCACUCUGUUCAUAUGGUAAAUAGAAGGUCACAUGGGGCAGUAGUCUUGGAGCAGUGGAGGAAAAAGGGAGGGAAAGGAAAAAGGAGAGAGAGAUACACUGAAGGACUUUGGCCUGCCCCAUGUGCAGGAGGCGGCACCUCACCCUGAGCUCAGAGGACACUGGAUUACACCACAAAUAGGAAACAAAAUAUCUCAAGUGUCAUGUUGUGGUUGGACUGAAGCUCUAUCUGCUUCACCAGAGGCCUGAUUGGGCUCUUGUCUUUUUUAUUUUGCUUCCUUUGGAUAUUCUUUUCCUUCUUCACUGUUGGGGUGAAAGUCCAGUGUCAUCCCAGUUGUUCAUCACCGGAGACGUCUUUGUGUUUUCUACGGAUAACACAAGGAGCCAAGAUGCCCACAAACUUCACCGUUGUGCCCGUGGAGGAUGUGGAGGACAGCAGCAGCAGCAGCAAUGGGGCAACAGCUGGAGCCAACAAACCUGCCAGUCUGGGCAGAAUCUUUGCAAACGCAGAGGAUGCAAACCGCUCACAAGAGUCUCCUUCAGGAGACGAAAAUCACGGAGAAUCGAGUCCAUUCAUUAACUCCGACAGUGACAGAGAGCCUUAUUAUGAAGGCAAGAACAUGGCCCUGUUCGAGGAGGAAAUAGACAGCACCCCGAUGGUUGCAUCUCUUCUUAACAAGCUGGCCAAUUACACCAACCUGACCCAGGGUGUCCGAGAGCACGAAGAGGCCGAGGAUGGAGUCAGGAGGGUCGCUGUCACGGUCCCCCAGAUGGGAACGUUUAUCGGGGUUUACCUGCCCUGCAUGCAGAACAUUCUGGGUGUGAUUCUCUUUCUGCGUCUCACCUGGAUUGUCGGUACGGCAGGAAUCCUGGGAUCUUUCGCCAUCGUCUCCAUGUGCUGCAUUUGUACUCUACUCACAGCCAUAUCAAUGAGCGCCAUAGCAACCAACGGAGUCGUCCCAGCUGGUGGUUCGUACUACAUGAUCUCCAGAUCUUUGGGUCCAGAGUUUGGAGGAGCUGUGGGUCUGUGUCUCUACCUGGGAACCACAUUUGCGGGAUCCUUGUACAUCCUGGGUACCAUUGAGAUUCUGCUGACGUACAUUGUUCCAACCGGAAUAGUGUUCAAAGAAAACAACAGCGAAGCAAUGCACAACAACAUGCGCGUCUACGGCACGUGCUGCCUGGUCCUGAUGGCGCUGGUUGUGUUUGUUGGUGUGAAGUAUGUGAACAAACUAGCCCUGGUGUUUCUGUCCUGUGUGGUUCUGUCCAUCAUGGCCACUUAUGCAGGAGUCAUCAACACACUCAUCAAACCGCCAGAAUUUAAUGUUUGUCUGUUGGGGAACCGCACGCUGAGGAAUGAAAAUUUUGAAAUUUGUGCAAAGACUGACACCAUAAAGAACAACACAAUCCCCACAGAGCUCUGGAGCCUCUUCUGUAGUGGUCAAUAUUCCCAUAAUGAAACCUGUGAUGAAUACUUCACCCUAAAUAACUUGACAGAGAUAAAGGCCAUACCUGGGCUGCAGAGUGGAGUUAUCAAAGACAACUUGUGGGGGGAUUAUGGCCCUGCUGGUACGGUGAUAGAGAAGAAAAAACAGUCUUCAGUCGCAGCUCAGGUCCCGUCUGAAGAAAAAAAUAUGAACUACGUCUUCAACGACAUCACGACCUACUUUACUCUGCUGGUGGGGAUUUACUUCCCUUCUGUCACAGGUAUAAUGGCUGGUUCUAACAGGUCUGGUGAUCUGAGAGAUGCCCAGAGGUCCAUCCCAGUAGGAACAAUACUGGCUAUUCUCACCACCUCUUUCAUUUAUAUCUCCUUUGUGGUCCUGUUUGGUGCCUGUAUUGAGGGAGUUGUGCUGAGAGACAAGUUUGGUUACUCCGUAAAGAAGAACCCAGUCAUCGGUAUUCUGGCCUGGCCGUCGCCAUGGGUGAUCGUGAUUGGCUCGUUUUUCUCCUGCUGUGGGGCGGGCCUGCAGAGCCUCACUGGCGCCCCCAGGCUUUUGCAGGCCAUCGCUCGGGAUGGCAUCAUCCCAUUCCUACAGGUCUUUGGUCAUGGGAAGGCUAACGGUGAGCCCACAUGGGCUCUUUUGCUGACAGUUGGGAUCUGUGAGAUAGGAAUCCUCAUCGCUUCUCUGGAUGAUGUGGCCCCUAUCCUCUCCAUGUUUUUCCUCAUGUGCUAUCUGUUCGUCAAUCUGGCCUGCGCCGUUCAGACUUUGCUCCGAACCCCCAACUGGAGACCUCGUUUUAAGUUUUAUCACUGGACUUUGUCCUUCUUAGGGAUGAGUCUUUGUCUCUCCCUAAUGUUCGUCUCCUCCUGGUACUAUGCCCUGGUUGCCGUGGUGAUAGCUGGCUGUAUCUACAAAUACAUCGAAUACAGGGGGGCAGUGAAGGAAUGGGGAGAUGGGAUCCGAGGUCUGUCCUUAAAUGCAGCACGCUACGCUCUCAUCCGCCUGGAGGAAGCUCCACUACAUACCAAAAACUGGAGGCCUCAGGUGCUGGUGUUGUGUAAACUGGAGUCAGACCUGCAAGUGAAACAUCCUCGCCUGUUGUCCUUCACCACGCAGCUCAAAGCAGGGAAAGGACUGACCAUUGUCUGUUCAGUCCUGGAGGGAACCUACAUGACCCGGGGCAACGAUGCCAAGGCUGCAGAGCAGAGUCUGAAAUCUGCCAUGGCUGCAGAGCGGACCAAGGGCUUCUCUCAUGUGGUGGUGUCGUCCAACCUACGAGACGGUUUCUCCAUCUUAAUCCAGUCAGCAGGACUGGGGGGAAUGAAACACAACGCCGUCCUGAUGGCCUGGCCAGCAGGAUGGAAACAAGCCCAGGACUCCUCAGCCCGGAGGAACUUCAUAGAAACUGUCAGAGAGACAACAGCAGCACAUCAGGCUCUGCUGGUCGCCAAGAACAUCGACCGUUUCCCCUCAAACCAGGAGCGUCUGAAGGAGGGAACCAUUGACGUCUGGUGGAUCGUACACGACGGUGGACUGCUCAUGCUGCUGCCCUUCUUACUCAGUCAGCACAAGGUGUGGAGGAAGUGCCAGAUGCGAAUCUUCACCGUGGCCCAGAUGGAUGACAACUCCAUCCAGAUGAAGAAAGACCUCCAGAUGUUUCUCUACCAUCUACGCCUGGAUGCAAAGGUGGAGGUGGUGGAGAUGCACGACAGCGAUAUUUCAGCCUUCACCUACGAGAAGACGCUGAUGAUGGAACAGAGAUCUCAGAUGCUCAAACAGAUGCAGCUGUCGCGCACUGAGAGGGAAAGAGAGAUUCAGAGCAUCAGCGAUGUAUCGCGCGGCUCCAUAAAGAGGAAGAAGUGUUCGUGUGCCCCGCCGCUCUACGCUCAGUGCAUUCCUGAGGAGGAGGCCCAGUUGAUUCACGACAGGAACACAGCGUCUCAUUCUUCAGCGAAUGACAAAGCUGUCAGUGCUGCACCAGAUGGGGUCCACAUGACCUGGACCAAAGAGAAACUGAUCAAUGAGAGGAACAAACAACGAGAAGGCAUGGGAGUCAAAGACAUGUUCAAUAUGAAACCCGAGUGGGAGAAUCUCAACCAGUCCAACGUACGGAGGAUGCACACAGCUGUGAAGCUCAAUGAGGUGGUGGUCAAGAAUUCCCACAGUUCACAGCUGGUCCUGCUCAACAUGCCGGGCCCACCAAAGAACAAGCAAGGGGACGAGAACUACAUGGAGUUCCUGGAGGUUUUAAUGGAAGGUCUCGACCGCGUCCUGCUGGUUCGAGGAGGAGGUCGGGAGGUCAUCACUAUCUACUCCUAGCGGCAAGAGAUUUCUGGUCAUUUGGAAGGUCACUGGGAGGAAACCUGGUCGGACACUGGAAGAACAGAAGGGAAGGGUGGUGUGGAUGACAGGAUGUUCAGAUGGGACCAACAUGUGGGACUAAUUCCUUCUACCCUGCUUCAGGAGAAAAGCCAUACAACGUUAUGGAGAAUCAUGGCUGCUGUUCAAGACAGGGGACACUGCCUGCAGCCCAGCCUGAGCUCAGUGCACUUUCUGGGGUACACAUGGAAAUCUACUCCCCCAUCCUCCUGGAGCUUCUUGACUUUAAAAUGACUUUAAAAUGCAAGACACCACGGAUGCGCCUGCCUUUUGAGAAUACUGUAUUAUUCCCUUCUUGUUUUCUGAGAUUGCAUGGUGACGUUCUUUCACCAAACAAGAACACUCUUUAUAUGAUGUUUUUCUGGUCAACAGUCCAAUCACUGGUUUCACUGAGGAACGCUGACAGAGUGGAUAGUUUCUUUAUUUAUUUUAGUGGCAAUGGUGAAACUUUUCAUCAACAUUUAACAAAGAUUUGACUUUGGAACAUGUUUUAAAGCCAAUAUAUUUCGGAGAAUAUCAUCUAAUCAAACCUAAAUGCAGCGAUUACUCUGGAUAAAUGUGGCGCUGUUGCUUGUAAUUUAGAUGGUCUCGGCUUUUACUUAUACGUUUCUUUGGUUGUCAUAGAUAAUAUUAAUGUGCCAAGAUUGAUCAAACAAGACAGUUAUAUGGAUGAACUGCAGCUCCUGUGGUUGUAGCAUUUUGCUAAAUCUUUAUCUGUGCUGUAUUUGACUAAUUUCAUAGAAAGCCAGUGGUAAUCUGGUUUAUGAGGUAAACUGAGCAACAUGGAGCUCAUAUAGUAGUUUUUUCACUUAAUUUAGGUUUUUGGUCAAUGUACAUUUUGGUAAUUGGAUUUUCUGCUCUGAAAUGGGUACUGAUAAACAAAAAACGAGUGGUUAUUUGAUUUUUGUUUGAAAAAAAUCUAAAUUGAAAUACAAGGCAAAUAAUCCCUGUAUGGUUCGCUCAUUAGUUUUUCCAUUUCAAAAUAAAAUGACAAAAAACAAAUAAUUGGUUUGUUUUUGUUGUUUUUUCGUUUAAAAAUUAAAUUUGAAAAACGAAAAUCAGAGAAAGGAAAAAACGCUUUGUUUUUUUUAAGGUUUAAACAAACAAAAAAGCCUUUUCCCAUUUGGAAGCUCCUGGCAGAACCGGAAGUCAAAGUGAGAACUCCUGGCGACUUGAUUUCAUUUCUCUGUCUCAAACUCCGCACCACGCACAGUGAAAACAAGACUUGUUUGUCUUAUUUAGAGCGAGUAGGCUCAUCAUCCUGAGAACUCAUGAUCUCAGUGUGAACAAAACCCCUUUAAUGGUCCAAGUAAGUAUUUUUAAGUAUUACAAUGUGAAGACCUCCGGCGACCGCUGUUCUAGUUUAACUGACGAUCAGGUUAACUGGUGAUAGUUUCCGUCUCCAGAUGUUUCGUUGCAGGUUUGUCCCGACCAGACCUGGUUGUGUGUCAAAUAAAGACAUUAGACAAAGAAAACUUCCCUGAAAACCGUCGGCAUCAUUACUUAAUAAAGCCUAUAUCCAUGUAAACAUCACCUAUAGACGGUUAAAAGAAAUGCCUCUAAUUUUAUUUCUGGAUUCCAUCGUUUCCUCUCACCGUUCAUAAAAACACUUGUUUUUUUAUUUCGCCAGCAGAUUUCCUUUUACUGUCUGUAGGAGAUAUUUACAUGGGUAUAGACUUUAUUCAGCAGUGAUGCAGACGUUUUUCGGUGAGCUCUUCUUUAUCGAGUAUCUUAAUUUCACACACAGAUCCAGGUCUGGUUUGGUCAAAUCUGCUACGAAACAUCUGGAGACUGAAACUAUCACCAGUUAAACUGGAACACCGGCACCAACAGAUAACAUCCUGUCAUAACUUUUCGUCCGUAAAUCGGACCUAUCAGUAAAACACACAGAAGUGAAACAUAACAUUCUACAGUUAAUAAAGUACGGCACUGAAAAUAUCAUAUCUGGUUAAUAGAACAAAUUACAGCUCUCUCCAAAUCAGCAUUAGACACGAUUGCGUCUUCUUAAAUUGUUCUCCAUGCAGAACCUCCUGACUCUCAUUAUGCACUCUAUAAUAUAAUAUAAUAUAAUAUAACAUAGAGCAAUGUGGAGCUCCAUGAUUUCUGCGUGAGUUUUGUCACUCUCAAAGAGAAUGAAAUUGGAAAAGCGCUCCAGUACAGCCAUUCGAGAUGUGUUCACGAGCCAGACCAGCUUUAAGCUGUUCUUAAUCAGCGACUUCCGGUGUUGCAACAAAUUAAAACAACAGCCGAAUUUUGUAUUUCGGGUUAAAAAGCUAGAGCAAAAAAUUCCACACUGUGGUUUUUCCAUUAGUUAAAUAAUGCAUUUGUACAUUUAGGUUUUGAUAACUGAAAAACAAAAAAAACUACGUGGUUUAUUGUUUUUUUUAGAUUUUAUUUUGAAACGGAAAAACGAAUGAACGAACCAUACACAGAUUCAAAAUAUACAUAGACCGUUUUUUAAGUGUUCUGCUGACACAGUUAUGUGGAAUGCAUUAUAUGUUGUUAUCAAAAAAGAAAUAGUGAAAAAAAAGGUUUGUCAGUCUGUAUAGUGGAGAUUGUAUGUGAGGCUUGUAUGCUGAAGUGUAAUGUGUUACUUAUCUAAUUAUUCUGUCACUGUAGAUGAACUAAUCAUAAAGGCAUAUGUCUUAGAAAUAUCA